AUGGCUUUGCGCACAUCGGCCGACAACGCAGAGGACGUAGCAGCUGGCUUCCGUAUGCUGCGCGAUCCUCUGCCCGAACAUGCGACGGAGAUCACCAGUCUCAUUGCCGACCUCUACUCCAUCAGCACAUCCUUGACAAGCCUGGAUGACCUCACCAAGAAUCGUCAGUUUCGACGUAAUGUGGCCGUCGCCAAAGAAGACCUGGAUCUGGUACAGACCAGCUUGAAGUAUACACUCGAGGACAUUGUGGAUUUCUUCGGCGACAUUGAAGUGCAGAAAGGGUCGAACCGGGAGGUCUACAAACGGACAUGGCUUGGCCUUUCUUCUUUCUUCCAGAAGGAGUCUCACGAGCCGCUUCCCACCCGUCUGGCCAAGUACAAGACGUUUCUCCGGGAAUUGGAAGAUUUGAUCAAGGACAAAUUUCCCGACACCCCUCUUAUGAGCGGCCUCCGCAACAACCUCAAGGGGCUCUUGAUCCAGCAAGAAAACCGGCUUACUCCGCGAUUUGGCGGCCUCUCCCUGGGCACCCCGUCCUCUAGCACCACGAGUGGCGAGCCAGGAAGUCCAGUGAGUGAUCGACGACCCCGUAACCGUAGGUCGUACGAGCGAGCGAGGCCAUCCCAUCGCUCGCCUCAAUCGCCCCUCUCUCCUUCAUCGGGGACAUUUUCAGAUAUCCCUCCGUCUGCUCCUGAUGCGCCGGGAUCACCUAGUACCGGCUCUACGACCAAUACCAGCCAGUCUGCUGGCUCUAAUGCGAUGGUGAGCGACCAUUGGGCCAAGCGGGUGUUUCUGGAUGAGAUUACAGUGACCCCGAUUCCUUAUGUGGGCGAAAGUUCGAAAUGUCUUGGUGAUCAUUCUCCUGGGGUCAAGCGGUGGCUCAAAGAUGAAGGAUUCGAAGAACUCUUUCAAUUGUGGGCAUAUCCCAGGCCCUGCUAUACCGGAGAGACCGCGGCUAACCAUCACAGAGCUUUCACCGGCGACUCGGACCUUCGCGUGCAUUUCUACAUUCGAGAGGACGACCACCGAGCGCGGAUGUUGUGCAAGGCUCCUCACACCACACGACCGAGUGAAUACUUCUGCAUGCCUCUCAAUCUUCUGGAGAUCGUCCGGGUCGGUUCCUGUCUCAACCUGUGUCGGCGACGGCGCGGAGGGUACGAGCUGGUAUUGUGGGCCAACCUCAAGUUCAGCACCAUCGAGCAGAUGGUACUUUUCUUCUGCACAUUUCUAGCAUUGCGCUCCCAAGACGCCGGUCGCCCUGUGGAGAGCAUCCGUGACUACGAGCUCGAUAACGAAGAAGAGCUCUUUGGAGGGCAAAUCCUCGACGACAAUUACCUUCACGCUUUGCGCAUCUACCGGGACAAGGUAUCCGGAGCCGUGAGGCUGCAGGCAUCGGUCCACAAGGGGGAGAUGAAACGAGCCCCCGUGUGGACGGCCUUUAUCACCCAACACCUCGGGACGCGCGGCUGGAUCCGCCGUCCGGAUUCCAAGGUGGUUGUGCUGCGCGAGCUCCGUCAGACCAUCUUCAUGUUCUCCGCGGAUUAUACCCCGCAGAAGACGUCGAGGGGGGAGCAUAUAUUGCAGUUUACAAAUCGCGCUGAUGCCCAAGGUUUCGUAGAGACCAUCGCAGAGCUGGCGAAUACUCGCUAG